UUAAGCCCGGGAGCCUCGCACGCUCCGAAAGGGCGCGGGAUUGUCGCCGCACUGCAUUAUGGAAUACAUAGUCUGAGAAAACGUCUUCGGGCAUAAACUCCCCACCAAGCUCACGUGUUUACCUUGUGCAUUGGAGGCCGGGGGUGGGGGGAGGGGUCAAUAAAGAGUAGCUACCAGAUUUCGUCAUAAAACCGCGACCAGACAGGCGGCGCCAUCUUCGAACUUGGACUUCCGGAAGGACUUUGGUGAGGGGGCAGCCAUUGUAGGGGGUGCUGAUGGAUACCUGCGGGGUCGGCUGUGUUGCCCUGGGGGAGGCCGGCCCCGUGGGGAGCAUGACUGUGGUAGACUCUCCUGGACAAGAGGUGCUAAAUCAGCUUGAUGUCAAGGCCUCUUCCGAACCAACUAGUGCUGAGGCUUCCAGAGAGAUGUCUUUGCCUGCGCCUUUGCCUGGAUUUGAGGACUCUCUUGGUGAGAGGAGGCUCCCUGCAGAGCAAGAAAGCCUCUCCAGACUUGAACAGCAAGAUCUUCCUUCAGAGAUGUCAAAGGUCUCAAAGCCUAGGGCCUCAAAGCCUGGCCGGAAGAGAGGUGGUAGCACACGGAAAGGCCCCAAAAGGCCCCAACAGCCUAAUCCUCCAUCAGCCCCUCUGGUUCCUGGUCUCUUAGAUCAAUCCAACCCUCUAUCCACCCCCAUGCCUAAGAAACGAGGUCGAAGGUCCAAGGCAGAGCUGCUACUGCUGAAGUUGUCCAAAGACCUAGAUCAGCCAGAGUCUCCACCUCCAAAGAGGCCCCCUGAGGACUUUGAGACCCCUCCUGGGGAACGACCCCGCCGAAGGGCUGCCCAAGUGGCACUUCUGUACCUUCAGGAAUUGGCCGAAGAGCUCUCAACGGCCCUGCCUGCUCCAGUGUCCUGUCCUGAGAGCCCCAAGGUGAGCAGCCCUGCCAAACCGAAGAAAAACCGGCAGCAGGCAGCCUGUCAAGGUGGAGAACAAGAGGAUGACACUGCACGGGACGAAGACUUUGUUCUCCAGGUUGAGGCUGAAGAUGGAGAGGAAAGCGAGGCCCCAAGCGAGAGCUCCUCUGAACCCGAGCCUGUGGUGCCUCAAAGCACCCCGCGAGGAUCCACGUCAGGGAAGCAGAAGCCACACUGCCGGGGAAUGGCUCCCAAUGGCUUACCAAAUCACAUCAUGGCCCCUGUUUGGAAGUGCCUCCAUCUCACCAAGGACCUCCGAGAACAGAAGCAUUCAUACUGGGAGUUUGCAGAAUGGAUUCCGCUGGCCUGGAAGUGGCACUUGUUAUCUGAGCUUGAGGCGGCUCCCUACCUGCCCCAGGAGGAGAAGUCUCCACUGUUCUCUGUCCAGCGUGAAGGACUUCCGGAGGACGGCACACUCUACCGAAUAAACAGAUUUAGCUCGAUCACAGCACACCCAGAGCGCUGGGAUGUGUCCUUCUUCACAGGGGGACCCCUCUGGGCUCUGGACUGGUGUCCAGUGCCAGAGGGGGCAGCAGCUUCGCAGUAUGUGGCCCUUUUCUCCAGCCCUGACAUGAAUGAGACACACCCCCUGAGCCAGCUUCAUUCAGGUCCUGGGCUGCUCCAAGUCUGGGGCCUUGGGACCUUGCAGCAAGAAAGCUGUCCUGGCAACAGGGCUCACUUUGUCUAUGGGAUUGCUUGUGACCAUGGCUGCAUCUGGGACCUCAAGUUCUGCCCCAGUGGAGCAUGGGAACUUCCAGGCACCCCUCGGAAGGCUCCUCUCCUGCCCAGGUUGGGCCUCUUGGCUCUUGCCUGCUCCGAUGGGAAGGUGCUGCUGUUCAGUCUGCCCCAUCCAGAAGCCCUGCUGGCUCAGCAGCCCCCAGAUGCAAUGAAGCCCGCCAUCUAUAAGGUACAAUGUGUGGCAACCCUCCAGGUGGGGUCUAUGCAAGCUUCGGACCCCUCUGAGUGCGGUCAGUGCCUUAGCCUGGCCUGGAUGCCCACCCGGCCCCACCACCACCUGGCUGCUGGCUACUACAAUGGCAUGGUGGUUUUCUGGAACCUUCCCACUAACUCACCCCUGCAGCGGAUACGGCUCUCUGAUGGCUCCUUGAAGCUCUACCCCUUCCAGUGUUUCCUAGCCCAUGACCAGGCUGUGCGUACCCUUCAGUGGUGCAAAGCUAACAGUCAUUUCCUUGUCUCUGCGGGGAGUGACCGCAAAAUCAAAUUCUGGGACCUUCGACGACCUUAUGAACCCAUAAACUCUAUCAAGCGCUUCUUGAGUACAGAGCUGGCCUGGCUGCUCCCCUACAAUGGUGUCACUGUGGCUCAGGACAACUGCUAUGCCUCUUAUGGACUCUGUGGGAUUCAUUAUAUUGAUGCUGGUUACCUUGGUUUCAAGGCCUAUUUCACUGCUCCUCGAAAAGGCACUGUCUGGAGUCUUUCAGGAUCCGACUGGCUUGGGACAAUAGCCGCAGGAGAUAUAUCCGGGGAGCUCAUUGCGGCCAUAUUGCCUGAUAUGGCCCUGAACCCAAUAAAUGUCAAGCGACCUGUAGAGCGAAGAUUCCCUAUAUAUAAAGCAGAUCUGAUGCCAUAUCAGGACAGCCGUGAAGGUCGAGACCAUUCUUCUGCUUCAUCUGAGGCCCCCAACCCACCCAAAGCUCGAACUUACGCUGAAACUGUCAACCAUCACUACUUGCUCUUUCAAGAUACAGAUUUGGGUUCCUUCCACGAUCUGCUCCACAGGGAGCCAAUGCUGCGCAUGCAGGAAGGAGAGGGGCAUUCGCAGCUCUGCCUGGACAGGCUGCAGCUGGAGGCAAUUCACAAGGUCCGCUUCAGCCCAAACCUGGACUCCUAUGGAUGGCUGGUAUCUGGGGGACAGUCCGGGCUGGUUCGGAUCCAUUUUGUCCGUGGACUCACCUCACCACUGGGCCACCGUAUGCAACUUGAAAGUCGAGCCCACUUCAGUGCUAUGUUCCAGCCGUCCUCCCCGAUUAAAGGGCCUGGCUUCCCUCCAACCAGCCAUCGCCUUCUGCCCGGUCCCUAGUCAUGGUCCACACAGGGCCUUUGGAAUGAAGUCUGCCAGGAACAAAUGCCCCCCGCCCCCCAUGCACAGAGCCAUAGGAACUGGGGGCUUCAUGGAUAGUGAUGCUGCCAGACCUGGACCUUUAGACCUGCCUUGCCAGGACUCCUUAGAUACCUCUCCUUCCACAGACUUCUGUCAUCACAGCCCCCUGCGGGCAGGGGGGCUAUCCCUCCACAAAUUCUCAAGGCUCCUCAGCCUAAAACUAUGGCUCAUGAGUAAUACUCAGGCCUGACCUAGGCUUGGAAGUCAAAUUGCUCAUAUUGAGCAUGUUGUGAAGUGGGUAAAGCUAAGUAAAGGUACUGGGUGUUUUUGAGACCACGCACGAGUGGGUGUUUGGAGAACUGCAAAGGGUAUCCGCAUGAAGGCUCCUGUGUGACUGUAUUCUAGGAUCCAGUAUUGCUGCCUUCUCAACUUCCUCUUGAGAGUAACCAACACACAGGCCCAGGAGGGGUGACAGUAAUUUAUUGGACCGAAGCUGCUUAUAGUACUUCUUUAACUGAGGAACACCACAAACACCCUGCCAGUAGAACAGUGGCUCAGAUCUUACUUGCUCCUGCUUAUGAGAUAUUCCCAAUCACUGGUCAUCUGACCCUACUUGAACACUCCUAGGCAGUCAUGUUUUAAAAAACCUUCCUUUAUAUCAAGUCAAAGAGUAUACUUCUAUAUAAUUUCACCAUGGGUAUUAGGAAAUCUAGUCAUUUUCCCCUGUGAUUGCCCUUUUACGUAUAUUUAAAAAUAGCUAUCAUGUGUUUCCCAAGUCUUUUCUUCUCUAGAUUAAAUAUCUUCAGUUACUUUAACCAUU